AUGUCGUUCCUCUACAUUGUCGCCACGGUGCUGUUCGCCUUGGCUGGCUAUUUCUACUUCCAGCUGAACCGGCAGGCUUCCGGGCGCUAUGGCGCUGUGUCUGCCACCACCAAUCCCAAUGGCAAGAAGGCGCCUGGCGUGAGCGACGCCGCUGCCAGCGGCAGUGACGCAGUUGCGAAGAACGAAAAGGAGGUCACUGUCCUGUUUGGAUCGCAGACAGGCACGGCUGAGAUGUUUGCCAAGACGCUGACUCGCGAGGGUACGAAGCUCGGUGUGCCUAUCAAGGUAUGCGACGUCGACUGCUACGAGGCGUACAACAUGGAGUACGAGCGCCUUGUCAUUCUAAUAUGCGCCACCUACGGCGAGGGCGAGCCGACUGACACAAUGAAGAACUUCCACGACUGGAUGAUGGACGAGUGCCGCUCGCCAGGGGAGGAGCUGGCGAAUGUGAAGUACGCCGUGUUCGGCCUGGGUGAUCGUCAGUACAAUUACUUCUGCGAGGAGGGUAUCGUCAUGGAUAGCCGCUUCGAGGAGCUCGGGGCGCAGCGCAUUUUCGGCCUUGGCUGCGGCGACUCGGGCAACGGGCAGCUGGAGGAACAGUUCGAUGAGUGGUGCAAGGAUCUCUGGCCCGCUGUCGGGCGUGCUCUGAACAUCACUAUCAAGGAUAACUCGGAAGAGCCCGUGGAGCCACAGUGUCGAAUCAAGUACUGGGAGGAGGCCGAGGAACCGCUUGCGUUCCCCAAGACGACUUCCGUGCUGGAGCCAACGCAGCGCCUGCCGGUGUGGGUGCCCAUCAUCCGCAACGAAGAGCUGCUGCGCAAGACCGAGGGGCACAGCACCCGCGCCAUCGAGUUCAGCAUCAGCGGCACCAUCAUCUCCUACCAAGCCGGUGAUCACCUCGGCAUCCUGCCGUGCAACCCGGAUGAGCUUGUCUCACAGUACCUGCAGUCCCUCGGCAUCUCCGACGAGGAAGCCUGCCGCGUCUUCUCUCUGCAGGAGAAAAGGACGCUCAAGAACGUCCUCCCAACUCGUGUGUCGAUGCGCACGGCGCUUAAGUGGUACAUCGACCUCACCGGACCCCCGAAGAAGUCGACGCUGCGCGCCUUUGCUCACUGCUGCACCGACCCCGUGCAGAAAGAGGAGCUGCUGCGCAUUCUGCGCGUGAACCCGGACGCACAGAGGGAGUUCGCGAAACUAUGCGGUAAGCUGCGCACGAUGCUAGGCUUCCUGCGCAAGUUCAACUCUGCCAAGGUGCCGCAGUCCUUUUUCCUCGAGCUCAUGCCGCGCAUCGCGCCCCGCUACUACUCUAUCUCCUCCGACCUCCUUGCCACACCGACCUUGGUGGGGACGACGGUCGGCAUUAUCGAUGGUGGUCUGUGCACGAACAUGCUGGCCAGGAUGCAGGUGGGCGACAAGGUGCCCGUGUUUGUGCGCAAGUCCAACUUCCACCUCCCGUUGCGGCACAAGGAGCGGCCGGUGGUGAUGAUUGGCGCCGGCACCGGUGUGGCACCAUUCAUCGGCUUCAUUGCGCGCCGUGGGGUCUGGAAGCAGAAAGGCACUGAACUCGGCAAGUCCAUCCUCUUCUUUGGCUGCCGCCGGCAUGACGAGGAUCACAUCUUCGAGGACUACUGCACGGAGGCGGUGCACGAAGGGGUCCUGUCGGCGCUGGUGACCGCGUACAGUCGCGACCAAGCCCACAAGGUGUACGUCCAGCACCGGCUGAGGGAGCGGGGGGCGGAGAUAUGGGAAAUGUUGGUAUCGGGCGCGAAUGUCUACAUCUGCGGUGACUCGAGGCGCAUGGCCAAGGACGUGGAGGCGGAGCUCAAACGCAUUGUGGAGGUGGAGGGCAAGAUGUCGCGCGAGGCCGCUACCGAGCACAUCAGAGCGAUGGAAAAGGAGGGGCGGUACCUAAAGGAUGUGUGGUCGUCGGCCUUGUAG